CUUUUAUAGAAGUACCUAAACGAGGACAUUAAUCCAUCAUCCUCCCGGUUGUUGUCUUCUUAUUGCUCACCUUAAAAGAACAAAAGAACGGAGUUUGCUCUAAAGAAAUAACCAUGACCGACUGUGAAGAAUACAUGCUAUUGAAUCUGGACGAGGUUAAAAUUCCGGAACUAUUUUUGCUUCUACUCGAUGAACACAUUGGAGCAAGACCAUUCAUAGACUCCCAUGACGAUGUCAACUUACAUGGAACAUUCCUCCGUAGGUUUGUGAUCUUCAUCACCAUUGUCGUCAUUAUAGUUCUGAAAUCAAUCUCCAUGUUCAUGGCGUGUUUUGGGAGGUUCAUCGAGGCUACCCUCAACCUCUGGGCGGAGUAUGAUAGCUUCUGCAUGCUUAUCGUCAUGAAAAUACGAGGAAAAACCCGGGUAUGCCGAGAGUCACCAGAUUUCUCAUCUGUAAUCGGCUUAACAGAUACACGAUUGGAGUUGGAUCCUGAAAUCUCUCAUGAAGAUCCAAGAUAUAAUUCUGCACUCGCGAUCAUGGCUGCUAAAACUGCAUACGAGAACGAAGCUCGAGUGGAGAAAAUUGUCCAGGAUCAUUGGAAGAUGAAACCUUUAGGGUUUUUCAACUGUUCAAAUGCAUUCGAAUCAAAAGAGCUGAGCGAGAAGAGACACCCAACACAAGCGUUUAUUUUUAGCGAUCACACCCGGGAUUAUGAAUUAAUCUGUGUGUCCUUUCGAGGGACAUCUCCAUUUAGCGCAGAUGAUUGGUGCACGGAUCUUGAUCUCUCAUGGUACCUUCUUGGUGACAUAGGUAAAGUUCACAUGGGUUUCUUGAAGGCCCUAGGGUUACAAAAGAAACACAAACGGUGUGCCUCGUUGCCUAAAGAUAUCGAAGAAGAUAAACUUGGAAAAAACAUCUUUGCUUACUACCAAAUCAAGAAAGUUCUUAAACAAAAACUUGAUGAAAACAAGAAUGCUCGGUUUAUGGUCACAGGCCAUAGUUUGGGAGGAGCACUUGCGGUUUUGUUUCCAGCAAUAUUAGCGUUCCAUGAAGAGUUCGAGUUGCUGGAGAAGCUCGAAGGUGUAUACACAUUCGGACAACCAAGGGUUGGAGACGAACAGUUCUGUAGGUCGAUGGAAGACUUGUUGGGUGUAAAGAGAUACUUUCGGUUUGUUUAUGCAAAUGACGUGGUACCCAGAAUUCCCUUCGAUGAUUCCGAUCUUCUGUUCAAACACUUUGGAUACUGUUAUUACUUCAAUAUCUUGUACAAAGGGAAGGUUGUGAACGAAGUACCCAAUAAGAACUACUUUGCGAUCAAAUCAUUCGUACCAAUGUAUUUGAAUGCGGUUCUUGAACUGGCAAGAAGUUUUGUAUUGCCAUAUGCUUUUGGAGAAAAUUAUAGAGAAGGGAUCCUUCUUUUGGGAGUUCGAUUAUUUGGUUUGAUUGUUCCAGGAGCAUCGGCUCAUUGUCCUCAAGAUUAUGUUAAUCUUACUCGGUUGGCUUCUCCGGACACUUUUCACGAACUGCAAGACUAUUCUUCGGAUGAAUGACUUUGUCCCAAGGAGUGGGUAUAAGAUAAUUAUAGCGAUGAUAUUAUAUCAACUGUUGUGUUCUAAACAUAAAACAGCCAUAUAUAAGCUCAUUUUUUAAUUGAAAUAAGGAUG